UAACGCCCCUGUGCUGGAAGAUGGUGAAGACGCCCCUGUAGUGGAGGACGUUGAAGACGGCCUCGACCAGAACGUGUUUGAUCUAAACCUUCCACUAGAUGAGUUCGGCGCGGUGGAUUUUGAUUUCGUUCAAAACAAUCUUGAACAAGCCGUGCAAGCUCCAGUUCAAGCAAACCGAAGAAAUCUAGACAUGUCAGAUGAGCUUAGAAAGCAAGUUUACCAAGCUUUAUUAGCUAGAAGCAAGAAUGGGCAUCUAGGCAAGAAAGAUACAAGAAUUGUUGCCGAGCAUUUUGGGGUACACAUUCAGGUCGUCCAACGUUUGUGGAAGAGAGGUAAAACACAACUUGCAAAUUUCAUUCCGGUUGAGGUUAGCAGUAGAAAGAAGGGUAGAUGUGGUCGUAAGGCAAUCCCUGUUAAUUUGGAAGCAUUGCGCAACAUUCCUCUCAAGGAUAGAAUGACAAUAGAAGAUGUGUGUAGCCAACUUGACAUGAGUAAAUGGAAGAUUCAAAGGUUACUGAAAAAAGGAUUUAUUAGGCGCCAUUCUAGUAGCAUAAAGCCAUACCUCACUGAUGCUAACAAAAAGGCUCGGUUGAAGUGGUGUGUUGAUAUGAUUGACAAGGACAUCCUUGAUGACCCAAGAUUUAGGGAUUUGUUUGACAUUGUGUUCAUUGAUGAAAAAUGGUUUUACCUCUCUAAAAAAUCAGAGAAUUAUUACUUGCUACCCGAAGAAGAUGAACCCCAUCGCACUUGUAAGAACAAAAAUUACAUCCCUAGGAUCAUGUUCUUGUGUGUUUGUACUCGGCCAAGGUUUAGGGAUGGAGAGUGUAUUUUUGAUGGCAAGAUUGGUUGUUUUCCACUAGUUACUUAUGAACCGGCUCAAAGAGGUAAUGAGAGAACCGGUCGUGUUCGUGGAGACUUGAUGGUAAAGCCUAUAGCUUCGAUCACAAGAGAUGUGAUGAGGGACUUCAUGAUCAACAAAGUUUUACCGGCAAUUCGAGCCAAAUGGCCAAGAGAGGAUGUGGGCAAACCAAUCUACAUUCAACAAGAUAAUGCACCUUCCCAUAUAAAAUUGGAUGAUCCAAUUUUUUGUGAGGCUGCAAAGCAAAAUGGCUUUGACAUUCGCCUAAUUUGUCAACCACCUAAUUCUCCGGAUUUUAACAUUCUUGAUUUGGGAUUUUUUCGAGCUAUUCAAGCCAUUCAAUACAAGAAAAAUGCAAAAACAGUUGAAGCUCUAAUUCCAGUAGUACAAGAGGCAUUCAUGGAGUACUGUCCACACAAGGCAAACAGAAUAUUUGUAACCCUCCAAACUGUAUUGAUGGAAGUCAUGAAGAUUAAAGGAUGCAACAAGUACAAAAUUCCUCACAUGCAAAAGGAAAGAUUAGAGAGAGAACAAAGACUUCCCUUGCAGAUUUCUUGUGAGCCAUCGUUGCUAGCUGAAGCCAUAGGUAGUCUAGAUGCAUGAAACAAAUAGAACUCGAUUAGUACUAGAUGAUAAGCAAUGGUUGAACAAGAACUCGAUGAGCAAUGUAAUCUUACUGUUUUCA